CGGCACGUUUCGCAUCUCAAAGCGCGUGCUUCGCCUGCCCGGGAAGAUCACGUGCGAGUACAUCCCACUCGAGCACCAUGGCGACUUCUCCGUCCGUGAAGGGCUGCAUGUCAAGCCCAUGCUGGACGGCGCACCGCUAACGACAGACUUCUUCAGGGUGGACUGCUUGUCAAGCACUGGAAAAAGGUAUCUGAACAUCCACUCUGGCGUGGCCAGGAACAAAGACGUUUUGUCUCGGCUGGAGACUUUGGGUAGCAUUUCAUCUAUCCCUGUGAUGACUCCACCCUCCACACACACGUCGAAACAAGAAUCUGUUCCGUUGUCCUUAUCCCUCAUUUCCAAAAGUCUGCCUAGCCUGAACUUAAAUGUCUUUAUGUUUGGUUUUGACUCCAUGUCUCGUAUGUCAUGGAUUCGUCUCCUUCCUCGCACACGAAAAUACUUUCUGGAGACUCUUGGCGGUCUUGAACUUGAAGGAUACAACAUUGUAGGGGACGGAACGACGGCCGCAUUGCUCCCCAUUCUAACCGGGCAUCAUGAAGAAGAGUUGCCAGAGGCCAGACGGGGCAUGCCCGGGGCACAGCCAGUAGACGGACAUCCGUGGGUGUGGAAAGAGUUCAAACGUCACGGUUACGUCACGGCUUAUGCCGAAGACAUGGCCAACGUCGGAACGUUUCAAUAUCGCAUGCUGGGUUUCAAAGAACAGCCCACCGACCACUACAUGAGGCCGUUCUACGAGGCCGAAGAGAAGAUCUACGGGAUUUAUUAUCCUUAUUGCCUGGGCUCUACACCCCGUCACCUCAACUUCAUGCACUGGUUCGAGGAGCUGUUUGCUACCUACACACGACACCCAAAGUUUUUCUUUGGUUUCCACAGUGAGUUGAGUCACAACAGUAACUUUCUUGUGCAGGCUCUUGAUGAAGAUCUGGUGUUAUUCCUCGACAGACUGGAAAAGAGUGGUCACCUCAAUUCCACCCUCCUUAUUCUCAUGGCUGACCACGGGGCCAGGUUUUCUUACAUUCGGGCCACAACGCAGGGAAAGCUAGAAGAGCGCUUGCCUUACUUUGCCUUACGUUUCCCGCCAUGGGUAAAACAACUUCAUCCUCAGCUCAUCCGCAACUUGGAGAUAAACACUCGGAGGCUGACGACGCCGUUUGACAUUCACGAAACCCUGAUGGAGGUGCUGACCUACUCCGGGUCAGGGCUGGGGGACAUCUCCAAGAGAGCCAUCAGCCUCUUCAAGGAAAUCCCGAAACAUCGGAGCUGCAGCCACGCUGGGGUGACUCCUCAUUGGUGUGCCUGCCUGAAGUGGGACACUCUUAAACUCUCAGAUUCUACCGUGCUGUCGGUGAAGUCGGCUAUAAAUGAGAUCAACUCGUACACAAAGUCCAACAGAAAGACUUGCGCAAUGCUGCGCCUGAAGAAGAUAACUUCCGUUGCACGCUACUUACCGACUUACGAGGAUUACGUGGCUGAAGAUAAUCUGCGGCAGUACGAAGAGAGUUUUACUCAGCCUAGGAGGCAGAACUAUUUAGAUGUAAAUCAAGAAGUCUAUCAGGUGUCCUUCAUCUCUCAGCCUGGAAACGGCCAUUUUGAAGUGACGUGCACUCUUGAUACAACUACUGGAAAUUUCUUCGUAGCGAGCACCGACAUCAGUAGAAUAAACAAGUACGGAAAUGAUGCAAACUGCAUUAAAAACAGGUAUCCUCACCUUCGUCCUUUUUGCUACUGUAAGUCAGGUUCGUGGUGGUUUGGGUGAUGAACUCUUAAACUCUUAAACUUUUACAGACACUCAGGCUUGCGGUGACUUUAGACAAUUUUGUUGCCCUACAUUACAUUCAUAGUACUUGCAAUUUGUGCUCACUACAUGGAUGUCACUACCUACUUGCUCGUUAGAAGUAGAAAACAUUCUUUGAUAACUACUAGCUGGAUAGCUCAGACCUAGCUGUCUGCUAGAAUAGUCAGCUUUGUCUUAGCACUUUGUUGGAUUGUAACACUAGCCUUGCUUGUAUUGAUGAGAUAGCAACUGUGAACUAAACUUCUUUUUUUACUC